GCCCCGGCUGCCGUAACCCGCAGUGGGCGUGUCGCACCAUAGCCACGCCCCCUCCCCAUAGCACCUCCCUCGUUGUCCCACAUCACCCCGCCGCUCGCUCUGCAGUGGGCGCGGCCAACAGUGGCACCUCCCCUCGAAACCCCGCCCCCGUUCUCUUCCCCCGCCCCCUCGGCUCUGCAGUGGGCGCGGUCAAACCUGGCCCACCCCUCCCGCCCCCUAGCUCCGCCCCUGCCCUGUUAGCCCCGCCCCCUUCGCCCACCGGCUCUGCAGUGGGCGUGGCCCCGCGCCUGCCGGCCCCGCCCCCACGCGGUGCCCGAGCCCGGAAGAGGCGGAGCCGCGGGAGCCGGGAGGCCGGGGCGCGGGGCGCCGGCCAGGCCAUGGCGGGCGCGGGCCCGGGGCCGGGGCUGCGGUGGGCGCAGGCGCUGGGGGCGCUGGCGCUGGCCCGGGCGCGGCGCGCGGCGCUGCACACGGCCGUGCUGGUCUGCGUCCUGCUGCUGCUGCUCUGGGUCUCCGUCUUUCUCUACGGCAGCUUCUACUACUCCUACAUGCCCCCCGUCAGCUUCGCCAGCCCCGCGCACUUCCGCUUCAGGUCGGACUGCGGGGCACCCGGCCCUGAGCUCUGCUCCUUCCCCGUCGCCAACGUCUCCCUGGUGAAGAGGAACCGGGACCGGGUGCUGAUGCCGGGGCAGCCCUACCGCAUCUCGCUGGAGCUGGAGCUGCCCGAGUCGCCGGCCAACCGCGACUUGGGCAUGUUCAUGGUGGCCGUGACCUGCUACGCCAAGGGCGGGCGCACGGUGGCCAUGUCUGCCCGCACUGCAAUGCUGCACUACCGCUCGACGCUGCUUCGCGUGCUGCACACCUUGGCCUUCGCCGUCUUCUUCCUCACCGGCUUUGCGGAGCAGAAGCAGACUCUGGAGGUGGAGCUGUACAGCGAGUACCGCGAGGACUCGUACACCCCCACGGUCGGCGCUGUCAUCGAGAUCCAGAGCACGCGGGUGCAGAUCUAUGGGGCCCAGCUCCGCGUCCACGCCCACUUCACGGGGGUCAGGUACCUGCUGUACAACUUCCCCGUCACCUCGGCUGUGCUGGGGGUCGCCAGCAACUUCACCUUCCUCAGCGUCAUCGUGCUGCUCAGCUACCUGCAGUGGAUCUGGGGCAGCGUCUGGCCCCGUGAGCCCCUGCCCGGCCAGGUGAACCUGCAGGAGGAUUCCCGGCGACGUGUCGUCACCCCCAUGCCUGCCGCAGGCUCGGAGGGCACUGACCUAGAGCUGAAGCAGCCCCCAGAGGAGGGUCCCGAACCCGAACCGUGGGAGUGCCCUGAGGGUGCAGCUGCCCUACAGUCAAAGGAGACGCUGGAGACCCUUGGCCCCGAAGGCAACCGGAGCCAGGAGCCGGAGCCUGGCGAGGAGCCUGGAUUCGAGGCCAUGGACCGGUCGGCGCUGGAGGCUGACGUCAAGCUGCCCCCCCGGGGGGGCUCGGAGCCAGGGGCAGGGGCCUCGCUGCGUCAGAGACUUGCCUGCUCCAGCUUCUGAGCCCCCCACCCCAGGGGUCUCUGCUCACAUUCCCACCCCUGCCCUCCACCCCCCAGCCUGGGAACAGUUGGGUCAUUAAUAAACCACCCGACCUGCUACUGA